CGGAGUUCGGAGAAUCGAUUCUUCAUGAGUCGACUCGCUGUAGUUGCGCAGCGACGGAUCUAACAAAAUAUGGCUGCCGAAACAGAGAAACAUCCACCCAAACGCGUUUUUAUCAACAGUUUGGAUAAAUACACCUCAAAAUAUAUAGGAAAGUUUUUAGCCUCGUGUGUUGUCGGAGCGACCCAUGUUUCUGAACAAGUCCAAGAUGAACCGGCAAACGAGUCAAGUUCCCGAGAAGGCGUUUAUCAAAUCGUUGGAACCGUUUCGGGGAAAAACGAGAAGAAGUCCAGUUUUGCAGUAGAAGAAUACACUAACUUAACACGUGAAGAGCUCUUCCGUCACCUGAUGGAGUCGGACGUCGUCGUUUAUAACGUUUACAACGAGCGUACCGAUCAGAUCGAAGAAGCCUCUUGGGCGGUCUCGGCUCUUCACAAGGACAUCGAUGCGUUUCCUGGACCAAAGACGUUCAUCUUGAUCUCCUCGGUCAUGACGUGGGCGCAGACUAAGACACUGGAUCCGGACGAUCCGGAGAUUCAUCUUACAGAAUGGGACUACAGGAGACGCAAACCGCACGGCAACUUUAAAGAUCACAUCGCUGUGGAGAAGCUUGUGGUUAAACUGGGAAAAUCUAACCAGUCGCAGUUCUCGACUUACGUGGUUGCAUCUGGACUGCAGUACGGAAUGGGCGAGCAAGCCUUCCAUUUCUUUUUCAAGACAGCGUGGUUGGGAGAGGAACGGGAAGUGCCGGUCUUCGGAGACGGGUCCAACAUCGUUCCUGCUAUUCACAUCAGUGAUCUGGCACGGAUUGUGCAGAACGUAAUCGACCGUAAGCCGAAGCCGCGGUACUUUCUCGCAGUGGACGAAUCACAGAACACCAUUGCUGACAUCAUCAGAGCAAUAGCAGUAGCGCUCGGGCCAGGAAAAACCCGAAACGUUCCGAAAGAGGACGUAUUUCUCACAGAGGAAUUGACGCAAGCAGAAAUUGACCAUUUGUUCGUCAACCUUCAAAUGGAAGCCAUUUUCCUCGCAGACAAUUUCACUAUCAACUGGGUUUCAAAGAAAGGCAUUGUGGAGAACAUCGACCACGUCGUGGAGGAAUACAAGCUCACCCGAGGCCUGCUGCCCGUUCGCAUCUGUCUCUUGGGACCUCCUGCGGUCGGGAAAAGCACCGUCGCUGAAAAGAUAUGCAAGCACUAUAAACUGCAGCAUGUAAAACUCAAAGAGACCAUCGCGGAGACUCUCGCUAACCUGGAGUCACGUGUCCACGUGGACGAGGCAGAAAACAAAGCGGAGGAUGAAUCGUGCGGAACCCGGGAGCUUUCUGAGACCCUGACAAGCAACCUGGAAAGAAACGGAGGUCGGUUGGAUGAGCAGUACGUUCUCCAAAUCGUGAAGGACAAGCUGAAGACUAAAGCGUGCAGAAAUCAAGGCUUCGUCCUGGACGGCUUUCCGAAGUCAUAUGAUCAAGCCAAGGAGCUGUUUUGUGCCGAGGAUGAUCAAGCCAGAGAUGUGCGGUCAACCGUCCCUCCAUACGACAAGGAAAUCGUCCCAGAGUUUGUGUUCUCUCUGGACGCCACCGAUGAGGUCCUGGAGGAACGUGUGUUGAAUCUGCCUGAGAGCGUGGCGCAGGGGACGUCACACUCCGUGGAGAAGUACUUCCCGCGUCUGGCCGCGUUCAGGACAAACAAUUCAGGGGAUGAAACCGUGCUGAAAUACUUUGAUGAGCUGGAGAUUCACCCCGAGCGUAUAGAGAUGAACAACGAUGACCUGGAGAAUGUCUUGGUGACGGAGAAGGUGAUGGAGAGCGUGGGGAAGGCCAGGAAUUACGGCCCCACCACCAAGGAUUUGGAGGAAGAGUUGAGGCAGGUAGAGAUCAGAUUGAGGGAGAAGGAGGAGGCACGCCAGGCUGAAGCCACGCGCAGAAAGGAAGAAGAGGAGCAGCGGGCACAGCAGCAGGAGGAAUGGAUCCGCUGUCUGGAGGACGAGAGGCGACAGGAAGAGGCGCUGUUGAUGGCAGAAUCCGCUCCUCUCAGGCACUAUUUGAUGACCAGCGUGUUGCCCACUGUGAUUCGAGGCUGCCUCGAGAUCUGCGAGGUCCGACCAGACGAUCCGAUCGACUUCCUGCAUUACAGUUUCCCUUCACUGGAACUAAGAGGCCCAGACCUGUACCAACAUAACAAUACAUUGUGCUCAAGGCGAGGUCCAUGAAGACAUGGUUUUCCAAAAGUUGGUGUGGAAGAACUCGAGUGUCCUGCACAGAGACCUGACCUCUGUGAACUGGAACGCCGACUACACCCCUGACCCUGUGCUUAUCUGAACAGAUCCCCACAGCCAUGCUUCAAAAAUUUAGACUCCACAUCAAUGUAAUGCCGUUGAAAUAGGAUGUCCACAUACUUUUGGCUAUAUUGUGUGUGUGUGUGUGUGUGUG